AUGUAUGGCCAAAAGACAUAUCCAUAUAAAUUUCCUUAUUCUUCAGAGACAGGUACAAAGUCUAUAUUACACGUAGAAUGUAUUAUAGCCAAAAGAGAUACCUUAAUAUUAUAUUUCAUCAGGGCUACAUUGAGAAUGUCAGAAUUAAGUGAUGCAGAAAGACUUUGCUACCUAAGCAUCCUAAGACACCUAAUCAUAAAAGAAAGAACGAAAGAAAAGGUUGAUAUUCAAUAUAAAGAAAUAUCAUUCCUCAACAGUCUACCUCCUGGAAGGAUGUUGAGAAAUAUUUGUAAGCUUAAAAAUUCUUGUCAGCUUUUGAGCAUUGUAUAG